CCCUGCACUCCUACCAAUGAAGUGGCAUGUCCUGCUUUAUGAGUGCGUAUCGCCAGAGUUCGAUAAAGUUUUCAUGUUUUACCCCAAACUAACGUUUUGUCCCUUUCCCGCCAAUUUUACUGGCAACUUGAAUAAAACAACUUUUUGAAUGCCAAAAACAAGAAACAACACGUCUCAUUUGUGUAUAAUGAGUGACUAGUGUUUUUGCAGUUAGAAUUAUUUGCCAGGCAUCCAGAGUUCACUUCAGUUACUAGUCAUUAACCAACCAUUUUGCUUUAAUAAUUUUUAUGUAUAUUCAUGCUGACUGCUUUAUUUAAAUCAUAAUCUAGUCUCUUUUUAUGAUAACUCUUCCUCCGUCCAUUGCCAUUUCUUUAUUCCAUUCACUUUAUUAUUUUUUUCUUCCUUCUGUUUAUACUCCACCAUCACAUGGUUAGUCUUCAAUUUAAAUCUUUCGCUUUGAUUUUUAACCACACAUCAAGUGCACAUUCUGAACAGGUCACAUGCUAACUUUCUGACUAACUUGUAUGCUUUUCUGGCACUGGAAGGUUAAGUUUCCAUAUUAAGCGUUGACUGCUGUUUUCACUCGGAUAUAACAACAUACUGCUUCCUCAUGCUGCAACCUAUGGGUGGUAGGUUUGAGCCAUGUAGUCGACGAGGUAGUUUCGUGGCUCGAUUCACUGGAGACCGGAUCACCAGCUUGGCUCCAGUCUCGUCCUCUUCUUCCAAUCCGUAUUCCUCACCCGACAGUGCUAUGCCGAGUAGCGUACCUAGUGAUUACAGUACGGAUCAUGGCGUGACACCUCCACCAUACACACCACCACCACAGAUGAUGGCAUCUACUCCAACAGUCCCCUCCAACACUGAUUACAUGGGAGACUAUGGUUUUGAAAUAUCUAUGGCCAGCUCUCAAACACUUUCAAAGACAGCAACAUGGACAUACUCUGACUUGGUAAAGAAGUUAUAUGUGAGAAUGGGGGUAACAUGCCCAAUCAAGUUCAAAACACACACCAGACCCCCACCAGGUAGUAUCAUCCGAGCCAUGCCAGUCUUUAAACGUCCAGAGCAUGUAAAGGAGGUGGUUAAACGAUGUCCUAAUCAUGCCUCAACAAAGGAAAACAACGAGGGUCACCCAGCUCCAGCUCAUUUACUUCGAUGCGAGAAUGUGCAAGCACAAUAUGCAGAGGACCACACGACUGGUAGACAGAGUGUGGUUGUACCAUACGAAAACCCACAAGUUGGAACUGAAUACAUUACCUGCCUUUAUGCGUUCAUGUGUUUCUCCUCUUGCGUGGGGGGACUGAAUCGCCGCCCGAUACAAGUGAUCUUUCAAAUGGAGAAAGAUGGUUUAGUGUUGGGACGUAGAGUACUUGAUGUCAGAAUAUGUGCCUGCCCUGGUAGAGAUAGAAAGUCAGAUGAAAAACGAUGUCACCCUCCACCAAAACAAAUGAAAAGAGGGUUCAGUAAAACAGCUGGGUUUCAGAUGAUGUCAGUCGGCACCAAAAAACGAAAGGGAGACGACGAUGUUUACACAUUAACAGUACGAGGUCGGGAAAACUAUGAAAUCCUUUUGAAGAUCAAAGAGUCACUUGAAUUGAUGAGUUACAUCCCCCAGAACACAGUAAAUCAGUACAGGGCACAGCAACACAGACAGGGUUCGCAUCCUAGUUUGUCCAGAACAUCUACCUACCCUAGCCACGGUAGCAUUAAUAACGGUCUGCCUCCGAUCAAUUCUUUUGCACCCAGACAUGAUGCCCGAUACCACAAUGAAAAUGGUGGCGGUUUUGACGAGACUGACAGUGGGAUUGCUUUGCCACCCCCACCAGCAUUGACGAAUGGUCCAACCAUGAUGGAGAGUCAAGGUUUCUCUCAUCAGUCCGUGAUGUCACAGGCAGAUACGUCUCCAACCCAUCAGAUGCCGUCAAAUGCUAUCUGUUUCUCACAAUCCUCUAUUCAAGACAUGACUAUUAAUGGCUGGUUGUCCAAGUUUGGGUGUGAGAAUUAUUCUGAAAUUUUCCGUAAAAAGGGUUAUUUGUUUAUUCACCAAUUAGAUGCUAUUACAAUCGAGGAUCUUGAUGAUAUGAAAAUAUCUCCACGACAGAAGGACAAAAUCUGGAAAGGCAUUAUUGAUCACCGAGCUGCUGACAACUUUUCCAGUACACCUAGUAUGAUGCGAACGGGAAGUAAUGCGUCAACAGUGAGUCUGCACAGUCAGAGUGGAGAGAAUCACCAGCAAGUGUACCAUGCUACACGGUUUACAUUAAAACAAGUCCUGUCAGUCAAACUAGAAAAAGACAAGGACACUUCGCCAUGUAAAGAGGGGAUGAAAGAAGACAUGGAAGAUGGGGACACUCCACGAAGAAUGACUCUCAGAGACAGAAACAUUAAGCAUUAAAUGCCCACCCUUUUGUGACAAUGUCGUUCAUCCAAACUAUCAUGUAUUGUACCUUGGUGGAUCAAACCAUUCAAUAUUUAAAAGGAUGUUCUUGGUAUUGUCAAGUGUGUAUGUUUCCCAUUUUUAAGUGUAUAAUUCUUGUUCAUGUCUGCGAAAGGGUAUUUGUAAAUGCUUUGAAUUCAAUCAUUUUUUGUAGGGGAUACAGAUUUGUAAAAUGCUAUAAGAGUAAAUAUCUGCCAAAGAAUUUUCAUUUUACAUUCAUAGUGUGGAAUGGAAAAGCCAUUUAUGUGUUAUUGAUCACUCAUCUUUUUAUCUAGGAGGUUUAAAAGUUCUACUGACAUUGAGUAAGAGGAAGUGAUCCCAAAAUGUUUGUUGAUGUGUGAUUUGACUGGCUUGCAAAUAAUCAUGUUUAUAGGUCCCUACAUGUACCGGGUAGUGUCAAUUUGGGGCUCAAAAUUAACUGGUCGUUGCCUGGAUGUAAACCAGGGCUUUGUAUCAAAAUUACCUUGUCGUUGCAUGGAUGUGAACCAGGGCUUUGGCACAAAAUUAACUUUUGAAUACAUUUUCUGACCGUUUCGUUUAUAGAAUCAACUAACUGCAUUCUCUAGGAAAAUGUAUUGUAAUGAAUUCAUUAUUCUAGUGAUAUUGUUCGCUUAAUCUUUACUGCUAGAGAAAUUUUCACUGCAACAAAAUUUCAAGUUUUUUACGGACUUCAGAAAUUUCUUAAAAAUUUGUCUCAUGAAAAUGAAAGCAGUUCACAGUAACCUCACUCAGUAAUUUUGCAAGAAACUUAUUUUUGUGACUCCAAAAAAGUUGUUAUUUAACUGAAUUGUUGCAGUGCUGUAAGAUUCUCAUGCAAGUGAUGACAAUUUACAGAAAUUAAUGUUAGCCAAUCAGAUUCAUUAAUUUUGUGGAGAUAAUGUUGGUGGCUUUUUCCGUCAACUGUUUUGUAAACAAGUAUAGACUUUUAACUAACUGCCGGUUUAGCUUUCAUUUUGUAGUUUGAUAUUGGGUAUUUUUUGUGGUUUUUUGUGCAUUGUUGGAAAUGUAUGUCAACAUGUUUAUUUUUUUUUUAAAUAGUUAAGAAAAGAAAAGUAAUAUGUAUAUUGUUUAAUAGAUUAAAUGUUUAUGUAAAUCAUGGUGAAGAACAAAGAAUACACCUCAGAGGUCAAAGGUCGAACUGAAGGUGUAAAACUUGGCUGCUCUGCAAUCCUCUUUGAUCUGGGGAGCUCAAUUGCACUGGUUUGGUGGAGUGCUGUGGUGCACUCAGAUGAAAAAUGUUUCCUUCAUCAACCUAGGGGUUCUUUAACUGGACUACCUAAGUUGGUGUAAGAUUUUUGAUGGCGCAUGGUAUACAGUUAUUUUACGCAUGAAAAUCCAUGUGCAAUUUGAGCUCUCUAGAUCUUAGUUUGUCCUGCUAUUUCUAACCUCUUUAUUCUUUUUCUGUACAUAGUACUGACUAUCAACUUGUUUAUUAUGAAUAUCUUUUUUUUUUUCAAACUAUAUAUUAACUUGUGCUGUAAGCAUUAUGGGAGCAAGAGCUGAGAUUUGAUUGGUCAUUUUUUCCUUAAUUUGAUUGUAACAUGACCCUGAAUUUGUAUGUAUAUCAUGUUUUUAAGUGUUGCCAAAGUUUUCUGAAAUGUCUAGAACUUCCUCCACAAAAAUUUAUUUUAUGAUAUAAUUUCUCUAGUUUAUUUUAUAGUCCAAAAAAAAAAUUAAGUGAGUUUUUCCUUUCCAGAAAGUUUUGCUUUAUUCUUUUUUUUUAUAGUCAGAAAACACUACCUUUCAUUUCAGUUUUGGGUCGGUAUUUUUGGUGUUUAGUUCCUUCCUAAGAUGGCUGUAUUUUUUUAGCAUUUUGUUUUUUAGCUAAAAAAAAAAAAAAUCUAGGUGGGACUUUUCAAUUAAUACACAAACAAAGGAACUCCAAUACCUGUUGUCAUACAUUUUGGAAAUUUUGGCUGCCAUGAGCAGCAGGUCGUGGUUCAGGUCAGAGGUCACCAUGCCAAGGUCGAAGUUCAGGGAGUACCAAUGACCCCUGACCUGUGUUAGAGGCCUGCCACUGCCAUAAUACUAGUAGAAACGUUAUAACUGCCAUUGCCAUGUUACCAUAGCUACACUACCAUACUAUAACACCAGUGUUGAGUAAGUUGAGUUUUAGCUGCCAUUUUGUUGUUUUGUAACAAAUUAGCUUGUAUUGUUACACCCCGUGAUAUAUUUAGAGAGAAAAAAAAAAGAAACACAGUUUCGCAUAUUUUGGGAUUCAUGACAAAUUAUUUGCCUUGUUUGAUGCGUACGAAAACUGCCCACUUUCAUUUGAAUGUUUGUGAACAAUCCUGCCCAAUCAGAUGUCUUAAAAUCAAAGUGCUUGAAAUAAAAUGGUCUUUUUUUUUUUAAUCUGUAAUUCUGGACUACUUCGGUUAAAGGGGGAAAAAUGAAGUCUAUUUUUGAUUGGCAACUGACAUAUUGUAAAGUAUUGUAACCAUUUUUAGCCUGGGGGUUAUUCUUUAAGAUUUGAGUGAAAUCUGUAAGGAACACUUGAGUAAUAAACGGUUAUUCUUCAAAUAA